AUGGUCAAGAGCAAAUCAUACGGCAUGUUUAAAGAAUGGGCUUUAUCCGUGAUGGCGCCCUUACGCCGCUUCCUUUCCUGGUUGCAGGUGGUCUGCAUUCUCACUGCCGACCUUCUUCUCACCGUCAUUGCCAAGGUGUUUUAUGGCUUCUGCGGUCCAUUUGUCACUACCUUUGGGCUCAUGGAUACGAAGUCGAGGCCAACGAGAUUUAUGACAUGCGAAGCUACCCACGAAUCGAAGGCUUCUGUACAAACCACCAACAGCAUCGACAUCCCCAAACAUAGCGGUGUAUGCUACUGGACGCGUCCAGGAGAGUUAUCAACGGGCGGACAAGGCCAAGCCAACUACGGUGACUUGUGGCAUGAAGAGCCGGCCAUCUUCUCUCUCGAUGAAGAGUUGGACCAAGGCCCGAGAAAAGAUGAGGCCGAAACGGUCCAAGACGAGACUGCCGGCGAGAAACGCAAGACGACCAUGGCAUAUCGUAGCGGCGGCUACGGCGACGGGGGAAACAAGGACAAGUUUACGUGCAAAACACUGAAUAUGGCCAAGACAAUGCAGCUUCGAAACACGCUACGACAACGAGCGGCGUUUGCGCAGGUGCUGAAGCAGUGCAGUCUGCGCACACAGCGGAUCUUGUUCACGUACAGCACGGGAUCGUUACUUUUGACCACACCCAGCAAGUUGCGACAUGAGAUUUGCCUUUUCAUGGAUGAUGAGGACAUCAAAGAGAACAUUGAAGAGGACAUCGAAGAGAACUUCAAAGAGGAUAUGGAAUGUGCAGCAGCCGGAGUUGUGGACAAAGAGGAUGGGAAGAUGGAUGAUGGCCCUCUUGUCGACACCGGUGUCUCAGAGGAGACGAUUCUCACGGCAGCCUCGCCCCCACCGUCGCGUCCUAUGAAUAUUGGCAAGUCUGAAAAUACAAUCCUCAGGCCAGAUCAAGGACAAGCAUGCAAGACUCUCCAACUCGUCGAUACAGCACGCACUACGAAUCUCUGCGGCGGCGGCGAGCUGUCAUGUUUUACGUUGUCUCGCAUGGACAUUAUGGCCUGGGGCAGGAUUGACCCGUACUCUUACACCGCCCCCAUAUAA